AUGAGCAGCCUCGCCGCCACCACGUCAAGACGACCCUUUGCACGAGUCGUCGACGGGGGGAGCCCUCCCUCUUCCACCGGUGGCCGCUUCAUCGAGUCUGGACCCAGACGACCCACAGGCUAUCAACAGCCUUCCAUGAAGAAAGCGUGCAAGCCUGCACCGCUACACCCUUCGUGCUGCCCCACGUGGCAUAACCCCGCUGCUUCCUCGCAGCGCGGGGACUCCGCUGACUACCCUCCGUCAGCACCUGUGAGCAAAUCAAUUGUGCUCGUUUGGCACCGCACCCCGCCGUGCCACCCCACCGCUAUGAAACAGCGUGGGGACUCUCCUGGCUACAGACAGCCAUCACCUGGGACACCAGCGUCCCAUCCUAAGCGCCCCCAGCCGCGCAAGACCCGUCCAGCCGCACAUCCCGUGCGCCGUGAGACUCCAACUGGCACCCUGCCGGUUACCACACCGCUCGCAACCGCUGAGCGCCGCACCCUGCGGCACCGUCCCACUGUACACACCGUGCAGUGUGGGAUUUCCACUGGCUGCCCCCAGCCAGCACCGGGGCCUGUCAGCAAGACCGCUGCGAUGGCAUUCCAUGCGCACUGCCCCUUGCCGUGCUGCAACGUUCCUGCGCGCCGCCCUUCGCCGAGCCGCAACUUCCCCGCUGCAUUUACACAGCGCGGGGUCUCCAUUGGCUUGUCCGAGCCAACUCCAGCCCCGACGACAAAGCCUGCGCCACUGACGAUCAGUGCGCGCGGCUCCCCGUCAUGCUACCCCGCUGCUCUGAGCCAGCGCGGGGUCUCCGCUGCAACCGCAGCCAUUCCUGAACUUCCGCCGACUGCAACCAGCAGCCCAGCCAUGGUGCAGAGACCGCCACCGAGGUGGCCCCGACGCGGCUGCGUUACUCGCUUCAGGAAGAACCAGCCACAAGUGGAAGCUUCAUCGUGCCCAUUGACGCCCACACCGGUCGUCAAUCCAGAAGGGCUAUCCACACCACCCCCGGCCGCACCAAGAAUGCGGCAGACAGCAUGA